GCGGCGCUUGGCUGCCCGGGCAGAGCAGGCGAGACCGGCGGCAGCGGCAGCGCGGCACGGGAGGAGGUUCACUGUCUCAAUGGAAGUGGUACCAGCCUGGGCCCCAGCAGUAGGUUUCACACUCCUGCCACAUGCAGGAGGAUUGUUAGGAGGCAAUAUAACCAAAAGGGAAAUCCCAACAUGGUAUCAAACUCUACAGAAGCCAUCCUGGUGUCCACCUAACUGGAUGUUUGCUCCUGUUUGGGGAACUCUCUAUACAUCUAUGGGAUACGGCUCCUACCUUGUGUGGAAGGAACUGGGGGGCUUCAAUGAAAAGUCAGUUGUUCCUCUGGGUCUGUAUGCAGGGAACCUGGCACUAAACUGGGCAUGGACUCCAAUAUUUUUUGGAGCUCACAAAAUGGGAUGGGGGUUGGUGACUCUCCUGCUGACAACUGGUACAGCAACAGCUACCACUGCUUCCUGGUACAACAUCAACAAAGCAGCAGCUUAUUUGAUGAUUCCUUAUUUAGCCUGGCUAAGCUUGGCUUCUGCACUCAAUUAUCGGAUCUGGAAGGACAAUCGCAACAAGAAAAGACCUGAAUAAGCAAUUUUCAGCCAAAACCAUCUUUUUUUCCAUGAUAAUUUUUUUAUAUAAAGUUACGGCCUUAGUUUAUUAUUAGCUGAACUGGUUCAGCCCUAACUUUGGUAUUUACAAGUAGACAAAACAAAUACAACUUUACUAGGCAAGCCAUAAAGGGGUGUAUGCCUGACUGGGUUUUAUAGCAAACUAAAAGAAAGUCUUGAUUGAAAAGUGGUGUCAUAUUCUAGUAUUAUAUGUUACAUGACAACAGCAUUGUAACCAUUACCAGAAGAAAGCAGGGACUCAAACAUCCUUACGUUCAGAGGAAGAAAUGCAGCCACACACUUAACAGUUUCCAGAAGGUGUUCCUAACAGUGACAGGGAUGAUUGUGGCCUGAAUCUCUCAUAUUUACCACUAGACACAGUGCUUUUGUGCUAUGAUAUGUCCCACUACAGCCACCAGAUAUUUGUCUUCUGGCCAUUGUACUCUGAAAAACGUUUAAGACAAUUUACAAACAUUUAACAAUUUGUGCCUUCCCACUUGGAAGAACUGUAUGUGCAUUCAGCUAAAUGUAUUAAACUACAUGUAAACUUAAUAACCUUGUUCCUUGCUGGUAUUGUUUCAAAUUGUUUUGAGCAGAAAAACACUGAAGGCAGAAGGAUGCUACAGCCUCAAAGACAGCCCCUUCAUCUCAUCUCCUCCUUUGCAAUGGCCAAGACAAACCAGGAAAUUCAAGCAACUGUAAAGAAACUGUGAGAACCCAAUCACAACAUUUCUUUGAUCAAAUUUAAGUAAGGAGCCCAAACCAGUUGGGGUU